AGCAGACUGGAUUUAUCGGCUGUGCUGCAUGCUCUGGUGAUGAACUCUCCGUAGAUGAUGGAUUGGAAAGAGCUGGCCGCCCAGAAACUGAACCUCUCGUCCAGGCGAAAGAAGCCCGCCUCGCAGGACCCCUCUGCCCGUCCCACGCACUUCAGCGCUGUCCUACAGCGGACUCCGCCCCCCGUGCCGCCAUGCCUUCUGCGGGCGGGGUCAAAGGUCAAGGACAACCCUGGCAUGGGGAAGGUGAAAGUGAUGGUCCGUGUGUGCCUCUCCCAGGACCACCAGGACACCUCCGAAUCCAUGUCCUUCCUGAGGGUAGACCCCCGAAGGAAGCAGCUGACGCUCUGCGACCCCUCCACCCAGGCGUGCCCCAGUCCCGGGCAGGGGGGUGCUGUGGCCGCCGUGGCCACAGCCCCGAAGACCUUCACUUUCGAUGCAGUCUUUCCGCAGGAUACCUCACAGGCUGAGGUUUGCUCAGGGACCGUCGCGGAAGUCAUCCAGUCCGUGGUGAACGGUGCCGAUGGCUGCAUCUUCUGCUUUGGCCACGCCAGCCUCGGUAAGACGUACACCAUGAUUGGCAGGGACGCCUCCACGCAAACCUUGGGCAUCGCACCCUGUGCCAUUUCCUGGCUCUUCCGGCUCAUCGAGGAGCGCCGGGAGAGGACGGGUGCGCGCUUCUCCCUGCGGGCGUCCGCCGUGGAGAUCUUCGGCAGGGACGAGCAGCUCCAGGACCUGCUUGCCAGGGAGCCUAGCGGCUCCCGGCAGGGCGGCCCAUCGUCGGGCGUGUACCUGCGCGAGGACCCCAUCUACGGCUCCCAGCUCCUGAAUCAGACUGAGCUGAGGGCCCCCUCCCCUGAGAAGGCUGCAUCUCUCCUGGACGCGGCCCUGGCGGCGCGGAGCACCAGCAGGCCCGACUGCGAGGAGGAGAUGCGGCGCCACUCCCACAUGCUCUUCACCCUGCACGUCUACCAGUACCGCCUGGACACCAGCGGACCAGGAGGAAUGUCUGGGGGUCGGAGCCGCCUGCACCUCGUUGACCUGGGCAGCUGUGAGAAGGUCCAGGCAAAGGGCCAGAAUCAAGGUGGCGACCAGUGCCUGUCACUGCCUGCCCUGGGCAAUGUGAUCCUCGCCCUGGCCGGUGGAGCCAAGCAUGUACCUUACGGAGACAGCAAGCUGACGAUGCUGCUGAGAGAGUCCCUGGGGAACAUCAACUGCAGAACCACCAUGAUAGCUCACAUCUCCGACUCCCCAUCGGAUUACGCCGAGACACUCACCACCAUCCAGUUGGCCUCGCGCAUACACCGCACAAGGAAGAAGAGAGCUAAGCAUCAAGCAUCAAGCGCCUCUGGUGGGGACACUCCAUGUGAAGAGGGUCCGGGGCCACCUUGUCCAAGAUUUUUCAAUCCUCGAACCCUAGACCCCAGCCUGCUUUCUCUGCGGCCGAAUGAUUUGGACUACCCCUUCAGCAGGGAGCAUUCCUGCGAUGCUGUCAUCUACGUGGGACCGGGAGGAGUCGCCGUCUCCACCCACAACCCCGGGGACACUGAGGGCCUGCCCGCCUUCGUCCCCAUCAUCCCCUCCCUGAACAGGAGGCGAAUCAGAGACGGCACACCAGUUGAUGGGGACCACUUCAACUGCAGCACCUUUGCGGAGCUACAGGAACAGUUGGAAUUCAUGGAUGACAGAGAAGGAGCCACCACUGGCAGACCAAUAGAGCGGGCUGUCCUCUCCACACAGGCUGCCAAAGCCUCUUCUGAGGCAAGCGAUUCCCCCAAACGACAACCGCACUACACGUCAGCCGCCCACUCUGCAAGUGGCAACCACUUCAAAUCAGAAACGGGCUACUAUAAUUGGUCAGACUCUACCCCAGAUGAGGGAAUGUCUGACCGUUUCACAAGAGGGAAUGUAGAGGGGGAGGAGGGUCUAGGUUCAAACCAAAGGGUAGGUAUGUUUAAUCAGAGUGGGGCUCUGCCAAAAGACUCAAAAGAGCCAGUGGUGCGGGAGAAGGUCUACAUAACUAAAAGGCCUCUUUCCAAACCUGUACCAGCUUCUUCUAAACAGAGGGAAUCUCAGAAACCUUUGCCGGUAAUGGAGGGCAGCUCAGGCACCAGGAAGCCUCCAGUAGGGAUGAGCUACCAUGCCGUACAGCAGGUGGAGCCCUCGAGCUCCCCUGUCUUGGGUAGGAGCCCCACAGAAGUGAGACGCCUGCGCUCCACCCUGAGAGGGAGGAGCUUCGACCAGGACAUCCUGAGGACCACAGUGACCCUGCAGCAGCCAGUGGAGCUGAAUGGAGAGGACGAGUUAGUCUUCACUGUAGUGGAGGAGCUUUCUGUCAGAGGUUUCUCUGACAACAGGACACCAGCUGGAAUCAUCAACUUCAGUGGUUACCGCUCCUUGCAGGCUAUGCCCUCUGCCUCACACCCAGUUGCCAUCGUUAGUAGCAUCAAUGACGAGUUUGAUGCCUACACUUCUCAGUUGGGCAUGUCUUGGGUAAAUGCAGAAGGAAAUGCACCUGCCUGCUCACGUCGCAUCGAUCACAAGGACUCCCUCAGAUUGCUCCACAAGGAGUCCUUUUUCAAAAAGGACACUGCAAACUCCACGGACGACAGCUACGGUGCUGUCUCCAGAAAAUCCUCCCUGAGCAAAUGUUCAGUUUUUCUGGACUUUCCCAAAACCUCCUCUAGAGGUUUUAAAACAAUGGAAGCCAACACUCUCAGCGCCUCCCAAAACCUACAGAUUCCACAGGCUCACUCAAGCCUCCCCAGGAAAAUGAAACCUACCUCAACCAUUGCCCAAAGCAGCAGCAUCUACCACGAAUACCAGAGGCAACAGGGAAAGUCAGAUGACCCCUGGCUGUGCCUUGACAGCCACUUCAGUUCUGGAGCUUCUGAGUCGGGCUCUGGUAGCAAGCCCCACAGAAGCAGCAAGAGUAGUGGCUCCUCCCGGAAAUCAGGCGGAAACAGCAACAGCGUACCUCGACCACCUAAGAUGCAGGAGCCCUCUUCAGCACAAAGGGUGGUGGAUGGUUGCGAAAGGUCCCAUAGCAACAAGGCAGAGGGCCCACGCAAAAUACCAUUACUUAGGCGAGAGGCCACCACGCUUGGCACAGUACCAGUCAUCCCUAGUUCCUCUGAAGGCAAACCUAACCAAGACAGCAUAUUCACAGCUGCUAGCCUCAAGUUUUUGUCCUUGAGGAAAAAGACGAACGGACUGAAUGGUGCAAGGCCAGGUGGCAGCUCACCUCCCACUCCACCAGUUGGAAAGUCUAACUCAGAUCAGAAGGCUAGGAUCUUGCUGACCCCAAGUGCCUUAAAGUCUGCAGGUAGCGAUAUGAGAAAGGCCUCAGAAUCUAAGGUGUCCCUCUUGGAGGAGGAGUUUGACAUGCGAUUCAAAGGGUACUCCAGUAGCCACAAAACGUCCAGCUUAAAGGCGGACCACAGCUCGGCCAAAACAAAAUCCAGCCAGAAGACGCGAAGAAGCAAAGGCAGUGCUGGACAAAGCUAUGGCAGCCUGACAUCUCUGGAGAGAUGUGACAGCCUGACGUCAGUGGGUUCCAGACCGGGCCUCUCCAGAGAGAAUAGUGAUGCCAGCUUAGGCAGUAAGGGCAGAUCUAGUAGGUCAGUGGCAAAGCUAGGAUUUCCAGCCUCUGCCUCCAUACCGAUGGCUACCUCCUCACCUCCCUGUGCCAGCCCCAGAAGCCCUUGUAAAAUGGGGGAGACUAAAGGCAGUAUCAACCCCAAGGCUGUGAGCUCUAAUGGGCACAAGGCCCAUCCUCUGUUUGUUAGCAGCUCCAAGCCCCCAAGCCCCUCUACUGUAUGCAUUGUUGCACCGGCUACUCGGAACACCACCCUACCUCCCAGCGGCAAGAUGGCCACUCACUCAGAGGCACGAGCCAAUGGAAAGCCAGGAAGAGGGACCAUCAUGGGCACAAAGCAAGCCAUCCGAGCCGUUAAUAGCAGGGUCAGCGAGUUGGCAUUGGGGAGCCCUGCAAAACAUUUGAGGGGCUCAGCCGAUGCAGACAGUGGGGCUGACAGCAGGGUGAGCCUCGGUGGCAACAGGCCCUUCUCCCCCUUGCCGCCAUCCCCCUAUAGCAAGAUCACAGCCCCCAGGAGGCCGCAGCGCUACAGCAGCGGGCACGGCAGCGACAACAGCAGCGUAUUGAGCGGCGAGCUGCCCCCGGCCAUGGGGCGCACCGCGCUCUUCUACCACAGCGGGGGCAGCAGCGGCUACGAGAGCAUGAUCCGGGACAGCGAGGCCACAGGCAGCGCCUCCUCUGCCCACGAUUCCAUGAGCGAAAGUGGCCUCUCCUCCUCAGGCCGGGCCAGGCCUUCAAAGUCUCCCAAGAAGAGGGCCAAUGGCUACCAGCGGCGGCGUCUGAUCGCAGCUCCCCUGCCAGACACCUCGCCCGUGGGGAGGAAGGCAGGCACCACGAGCCAGUGGGUGGACCUUCUCCCCUUGCCCGGGACGCUGAAGGAGCCCUUCGAGAUCAAGGUGUAUGAGAUCGAUGACAUGGCUCCCCUACAGAAGCGGCAGCUGGGCGACACGACGGAGCAGCCGUGCCAGGACGAUGAGAGGGGUCUGCUGUUCUUCAGUGCCAGACUUAAGAUGCUGGAGAGGCGGCAGCAGCUGGUCCGGGACCUGCGGGCUAAACACGAGAGACUGAAGGAAGAGCUGGAGGAUGUCAAGAACAAGUUAAUGCUGGAUCCUCACAAGUGGAUAGGAGAGUUUGAGGUUGACCCGGAUUUGGACAAGGAGUCACAGGAGUACCUGGAGGCCCUGGCGCAGGUCACAGGCGAACUGGAGUACUGCGUCAACCUAUGCAAGUCGCGUGUCAUGAUGGAGACCUGCUUCGACAUCGAGGUGACGUCCAGGGUGCAAGAGGAAGCGCAUGAGCUUAAGGUGUGA